AUGACAUCAGCAGAUGACUGGUUUUUCCAGUCUAGAGAAUUCAGAGAGGGAGGGGGAAAAAAAUCACUGAUCAGGGAGGGCAGCUGGGAAUCUCUGAACCCAGCCAUCAGGGCCAGGGUUGAAAGCACGGCCAAUGUCAGGGACCAGGACCGGGACCUGCGGGCUGGCUCCGGGGCGGACAGACGCGCGCGGGGAGCGCUCCUGCCCCGCCAGCUCUGUCCCCUUUCCGAUCGCGGAGCCGGGUCCUCCCAGCCACUGCGCGAGCGCGGUGGCCCGCUGCCACCGCGCUUUUCACCUAGUGCAGGCGGCCUGAUUUACUGGCGACUUCACAAAGCUCCCCGACUCCUCGCUGGAGCCUUUUGCAGGGCUCUGUUCUCGCCUGGAGGAGCGGCCCCUGGAGAAUCCGGUGGAGCAGCUUGCUUCGAGGAGCCGGGAGGGAAACUGUGCCAGCCUGAGACAUGGUUUUCUGAGCAGGAGGCAUCUCAGAGUUUGUCAGCUUGCCACGGAGCUGCACAUUUGGCCAGCAGGGUCUUCGUGAGUCAUGAGCUCCACCGCAGCCCAGAGCUGCCCGAAAUGCAGCUCUUCUCCAGACUUACCACAGGAACUGGGGGUGCCUCCACGUUUGGAAAGCUACCUUGUACCCUGUCCACACUCAAUAAAUGCUGCUUAAUAGUGACAAUGGGGGUGUGUGUUCCAUCUCCCUUUUCUCCUGAACGCCUCUAUUUAGGGAGCCACAAAUGUUUCCCCAAGUAAUUUAUUCCAUUGCUUGACUGGCUGCACAGUCAAAAGAAAUUUUUCCUACCGUCUCCCUUGAAUGUUUCCAUAUUCUGA